CACUGAAGUAAAUCUAAUUGGGAAGUAGAAGUUGUUUUCUCCACAAAGUUCAAGAUUUUAAAUUUUUGUAGAAUGAAGCUGUUUUCCUUCAUUCUCCUUUUGUCAAUACUGCACGCCAAUAUUGCAUUGGAUUUCACAAUACAGGAUCUGUUGUACUCAGUAGAACAGGCGAUCGAAGGCUUAGUCGAAAGUGCACCCGGACCUUUGCGACCAGACUACCUUUUCAAGUCUAUAAAAAAUAUAGUCGAAGGGUUACCUGCUCAAAUCGCAAACAGCAUUGGAAAUUCAAUUUGUUCGGCGGUUAUAGCCAAGGGCAAGGAUCAGACUCCUGAUCAAUAUGAUCCAACACUGGGAGAUAUAAAAUUUCAAUUUCGCACACCCUGCGAUAAACGAGAAUAUCCUGUCGCAGAUCCAUCAGGUUUGGCUCACGACAAAGAUUUCGAUCCUGAAAAGAAUACAGUGAUAUUUGCGACUGGUUGGACUACGACUGUGAAUAAUGAUCAGCAAGCUGCACUAGCCAAGGCGUAUAAUAGUCGUGGCGAUACUAAUUAUCUGGCCCUAGACAUGGGUAACUACGUAAAUACGCUAUAUUUCUGGUCAUCAGAGAAUACCGACAAAAUAGGCGAAUAUCUUGCCGUAGGCAUAGAACGUUUGGAGUCUAUUAUAGAUAUUGGAAAACUACAUAUAAUGGGUCACAGUUUGGGUGCACAAAUAAUGGGUUCUGCUGCUCGUCACUAUCGUCAUUUUACUGGGAAAACGUUGCCCUAUGUGACUGGUCUUGAUCCAGCUUUUGCCUGUUUCAAUGAGGGCGAGGAACUCACAGUCAUAUCUGCCAGCGAUGCUGACUUUGUUGAUAUCAUUCACACGGAUCCUGGUUCGUUUGGUCAAUUCGCCGCCUACGGAGAUGUGGACUUCUAUGUUGGGGGUAAAUUUCCUAUACAAGACGCCUGCAAUGAUCCCACUUGCUCACAUAACAUCGCUGUUUCUUACUACGCUGAGUCGGUUUAUCGAAAUAAUGAAGAUGAUUUUCUGGCAAAGCGCUGCAACUCCCUGAAUAGUUUGCAGGAGGGAAAAUGUGUUGGCAGUGAAUAUCCCAUGGGAUAUGCUGUGCCCCAUAAGUUAAGAGGCAGAUAUGUUCUAGAAGUGAAUGCAGAGAAGCCCUAUGGCAAAAAUGCAACUGAUGACUACACUGAUCCUGAUUCCUCAACUCUUGGCAGUUGUCGAUUAUUUAGGAAGUAGACCUAUGAACGUUUUUAAAGUGCAUAUCAGUUAACAUUUACUUAUAUUUUAUUUUUAAUUUUAUUACGCGGCCGCCGUAGCUGAAUGGGUUGGUGUGUGAAUACCAUUCGGAGUUUAGAGAGAUCGUAGAUUCGAAUCUCUGUGAAAAACCAAAAUGAAGAAAAAGUUUUUUCUAAUGGCGGUCGCCUCUCGGCAGGCAAUGG